ACUCCAACACUGCUCAUUUCCACGUCGCCGCCGCACAAAUUCACACUCUUUGCUCUCUAACUAACCUCUCAAAUUCCAAACCCUAAACAUGCCGCCGAAGUUCGACCCGACCCAAGUCGUCGACGUCUUCGUUCGAGUUACCGGAGGUGAAGUCGGAGCUGCCAGUUCCCUCGCGCCCAAGAUCGGUCCUUUGGGUCUCUCCCCCAAGAAAAUUGGCGAAGACAUUGCCAAAGAAACCGCCAAGGACUGGAAGGGAUUACGUGUUACCGUCAAGCUUACCGUCCAGAACCGUCAAGCCAAAGUCACCGUAGUCCCCUCCGCCGCCGCUCUGGUCAUCAAGGCUUUGAAAGAGCCUGAAAGGGAUCGUAAGAAGACGAAGAAUAUCAAGCAUAAUGGGAAUAUUAGCCUUGAUGAUGUGAUCGAGAUUGCCAGAGUCAUGAGGCCUAGAUCCAUGGCUAAGGAUCUGAGAGGAACCGUGAAGGAGAUCUUGGGAACUUGUGUCUCUGUUGGGUGCACGGUUGAUGAGAAAGACCCUAAAGACCUGCAGCAGGAGAUUUCUGAUGGGGAUAUCGAUGUUCCCUUGGAGUGAACAAAGAUAAAGUUCAUGUUUUUUUUGGGUGGUUGUUUAACAUAUGAUAAUGAUCGAGUUCCCCAGGGGUUUCAUAUGCUCAAGAAUUUUCUGUAGGUGGUGGAUUUAAUAUAUUCCGAAUAAAGAUACCUAUGAUUUAAGUUUUUGUUUUGGUGA